UCUUCACAAGUGUAUGUAAACUUUUGACCACAACUGUAUAAAUGGUAAAUGGUGUUAUACUUAUAUAGCGCUUUUCCACCUUUCAAGGCGCUCAACUUUAUAGACCACAUUAAUUGUCAUGUUCAAUACAGAUACUGUUUUACUCAUUGGUGCACUGAAUCCUGAUGGUACAGAACAAUUGAGAAUAUGUUUGGUUAUCACCUUGCUGUGAUGACUUGCUGUUACGUCCCACGGAUGGCUCGCUAAGGACGUAACAUAAAAAAAGCCACACGUAUACAAGUGGACACAAUUCAUUUACUAUAAUCAAACUCGCAAUGAACAGAAUAUACAAAAUACGAAUUAAGCUUCAGGGUAAGCCCAGGCCAAAAUAACAAACAAAAGGAAUCUGCACUUAAACCCCACCCGCUAACUAAACCCUGAUCGUGAAAAAAAGAAAAUAAAGAAAAGACAGCCACUACCCUAGCUUCUUACACUAAAUAAAACACAAGAAAAUGGGUUGAACAGAAAUGGCAGCUUACCCCUACUGCUUCAGUGCUCUUAUUUACAGUGGUGAACAAAAAAAACAUCCAAUAACGAAUAAACAAAAAAGACCUCACUGAAAACGCGGGAGUGUAUCAAACUAGUGAUCAAAUGCACACGAGAGUGAAUGGCGAGCAAACAGCUGGCGAGGAGGACCGCAGCACGAAUGUUGUCAAUGCGACCUCUCAGAGUGUUGACAGCGGCAGGUUUUUGAAGCUUGGCGCCCUUUCAUCGUGGCCAAUCAGCAGCGGCGACGUUGUCGGUCCGUCCGGCGUCGAUCAGCUUUCGUCACAGUGGGAGGGGAAGCAGCCAGUUGGCAGAGGCGAGGAUCAGCUGACUGUUGGCUUCUCAGAAUAAAACAAUUAAACGGCCAGGGCCGUCACACUUGCACUGAAUGAAAACUUGAUUAUCGUGAGUGACAUAUUAGGCAACUCCACUCUAAAAUUGCUGAUUCCAUUAAAGGAUGAUUUUUAUUCAUAUACAGUACAGACCAAAAGUUUGGACACACUUUCUUAUUCGUACGUUUUCUUUAUUUUCAUGACUAUUUACAUUGUAAAUUCUCACUGAAGGUAAUAAAACUGUGACUGAACACGUGUGGAAUUACAUACUUAGCACAAAAAAAGGUGAAAUAACUGAAAACAUGUAAUGUUCUAGUAUCUUCAAAGUAGCCACCCUUUGUUCUGAUUACUUUUUUGCACACUCUUGCCAUUCUCUUGAUGAGUUUCAGGAGGGAGUCACCUAAAAUGGUGCUUGACUUCACAGGUAUGCCUUUUCGGGGUUAAUUAGUGGAUUAAUUGCUUUAUCAAUGGGGUUAGGACCUUCAUUUGUGUUGCAUUGAAUGAGGUGUGCCCACACCUUUGGUCUGUACUGUAUGUAGAAGGAUGGGAUUUGAUAUUUUCAGGUGGCUUAAAAUCAAUUCAACUAGUGUGACAGAAAUAGAGUAAAUUGCUAAAUUCUGGUAAGUGGAUACUGUAGGUGAGAUUUCAAACAAGAAAAGUUCACAAUCUUUGAUCACAGAGGGAUCACUUUCUGUACAACCAUCCCAACUAUAAUCAUUUAAGUGUUGACAAAUGAUGUAAUAGUUGAUCACUAAAUGACAUGCUAUCCAAUCACUGAAUUUCUGUGGUUUAAUCCCGCCCAAAUCUCUCAAAGCUGAGACACUGUGUCCACAAUAGGGGGCCUUGAUUGUAAACAAUAGUUUAUUCAGAAAAUGCUGCAUGGUGCCAGUCACAGUUAAGAUAAGGUCAGUAAGAAACACUUUGCUCCACUAAAAUUCAGCCUCACAUGAAACAAGAAAAUAACUUAAGUUUUUCAAUUGAGAUGUAUUAAGACGGUUGACAAGGGUACUCUUGCUUCAACUUAGCAGUGCUUUUUAGUUGUAUUCUGGAACCACAGUGGCAUUGACGUUAUUUGUGUCAGCGGUUCACGGUGAAUUUAUAACCUCAAACCCGGAGUAUCACAGUUGUCGAGCAGGCAUUGUUGAACUCUGUUUUAUCUGACGUGCUUGCUUACCUGGAACCAAUGCUAGUGACACUGAAGAUGAGAAAAAAUGAGGGCUCUGAUUUUCACGGCAACUAACAGAAAAGGACACGGAGCAACGCAAGUACUUAAAGAGUUUGUGACAACCGGUGGACCCCAUGCACAUUAAAGAUGGGUGCUCUGGUCCAACCAGCACUCUUGAUGCUUUUAUGGCACAGUGUUUGGCCUUUGGACAUCCCUCUGGAAAUCCGACAACCCCCAAGCAUCAUCAAGCAGUCGAUGAAGGAGCAUAUUGUUGACCCCAAAGACACCAUGGUCAUUGAGUGCGAGGCCAAGGGAAACCCUCACCCUAUUUUCUCGUGGAGACGCAACGGGAAAUAUUUCAACGUGGCGCGUGAUCCGCACACAUCUAUGCGCAGGCGUUCGGGGACACUGGACAUCUACGCCCGCAACAAUCCCGAGGUGUAUGAGGCAGAAUAUCAGUGCAUUGCCUCCAAUCAGUAUGGCUCUGCAUACUCCCAUAAGAUCAGACUGCAAUUGUACAGAGCUCCUGUGUGGCCGAGAGAGAUUGUGGAACCAGUGGUAAUAAGUGCUGGCUCCCCUUUGGUCCUGUCCUGUGACACCCCAACUGGGCCGCCUAAACCUGAAACCUACUGGAUGACAAGCUGCUCCUAUGCCAGACCAUUCAACUGGCCAAUUCAAACAGCCUUCCCUACCAUGCGCGCCGUACGGCAAGACCGUCGGGUGUCUAUGGGUCUCAACGGGGACCUGUAUUUUUCCAACGUUCUAUUCAACGACUCUGCCUCAGACUUCUGCUGUAGCGCCCGCUUUCCCUACAAGAAUGCCAUCCAGCAAAAGAUGCCAGUGGUCGUCAAGGUUCUCACAACUCGAGCGGUGGUGGAGGCUGCCCCCACCUGGUUGUCUCCCAUGGGCUCGUCCAGCUCUGUUCUGGUCCUUCUUGGGGAGGAACUGCUGCUGGAGUGCAUUGCUGCAGGAGUGCCCACUCCUCUUAUUACCUGGACAAAGGAUGGUUAUGACUUGCCGGUGAUCCAUCGAAUGAAAAUCAAAAACUUCAACAAGAUGGUUCAAAUCCCCAAGGCCACUUUUGAGGAUGCAGGCGAGUACAUGUGUACUGCAACCAAUAAGAUCAGCUACAUCCAGCACACCAUAACCGUCAUGGUUAAAGCGGCUCCGUUCUGGUUAGAAAAGCCUGAAAAUUUAGUUUUGGCUCCAGAGGAAAGUGGGAAUUUGGUGUGUCGUGCCGAUGGCGUUCCUCGUCCCACAAUCAGCUGGUUCAUCAAUGGAGAACCUAUUGAGGAUGCUACACCGCAAUCCAACAGACGGGUAUCAGGAGAUACGCUAACCCUCAGCAGUGUGGCCGCCAUCAACACAGCUGUCUACCAGUGCAAUGUCUCAAACCCGUAUGGCUACUUAUUGGCCAACGCUUUUGUCAACGUACUACAUGCAACACCCCGCAUUCUUGGGGUGAGGGAUGAACACAUCAAGGUCGUAGAGGGACGCCGCACCUUCUUAGACUGCCGGUACUUUGGCUCUCCGGUGCCUGACUUACGAUGGUCCAAAUACGGCCAGGGGAAUCUGGAGGGAAAUCGUUUCAAGGUGCACAGCAACGGCACCCUGGAGAUAAGGCGCACGCAGAUCGAGGAUCAGGGAACCUACAUAUGUGUGGUCAGCAACAUCGCAGGUCGAGAUGAGAGUCAAGUCCGAAUUGAGGUCAAAGAACCUACCUUUAUUAUGAAACGACCGCAGAAUAUGAAAGUCAUCCGUGGAAGUGAUGUCCGUUUGGAAUGUGACGUGAAAGCAGACGCCACAACUCCUGUCACAACCACCUGGAUGAAAGAUACAAACACAGUUACACUUGGCUGGAGAAUAUCCCUGGAUGAAUCGAAUUUGGUAAUCACCAACGUUAACAGAGGUGACGCCGGCAUUUACACGUGUGUCAUCAAGAGUGAACUUGACCAAAUAUCUGCAUCAGCACGCCUAAUGGUGAUGGAUUAUCCUGAUCCUCCAACUAAACUUGAGCUGUCGGAUCCUUACGAAAGAAGUGUAAGACUUAGUUGGGUGCCGGGAGACAGCAACUUCAGCCCCAUUACAGAAUAUCUGGUACAAUAUGACGAUGAUGACUGGUUACCUGGAAAGUGGAAGAACUUAUCAACAUACCCUGGAAGUCUGAACUCUGUCAUUUUGCAUCUUAUACCUUUCACGUACUAUGAGUUUCGAGUCAUCGCCAUCAAUGAAAUUGGUCCGAGUCGCCCAAGUCGUCCUUCGAUGCGCUUCCAGACCAGCGGUGCACCUCCAGAUGUCAUCCCAAAGAACGUAAAAGGUGUUGGAACAUGGAGAAACAACAUGGAGAUCAGCUGGGAGCCUCUUAGGUACAGAGAGUGGAAUGGGCCACACCUCAAGUAUCUAGUCUGGUGGCGAAGGAGAGACUCCAGAGAGGAGUGGAAGAAUGCCACCACUAAAUGGCUGAAAUAUUAUAUUUACGAUGCAGAUACAUUUACUCCUUAUGAGCUCAAAGUCCAGGCUGUGAACGACUUUGGUCUCGGCCCAGAGUCGCCCAUUGUCAUUGGGUACUCCGGAGAGGACCGUCCUGUUGGUGUACCCCAAAACUUGAGAGUGUCAGACAUUCAAAGCACACAGGUGACUGUGCACUGGGACCCAGUGGUUGAAAGCUCCAUCAUGGGACAACUGAAAGAAUACAAGAUUUACUACUGGAGGGACAGCAGCCAGCUAAGGUGGCUGCGCGUCAACAGAGCGAUGAUGUCCCAAGUGUUUGAAGACAUCGGUCCUGAGCCAUCAGGGGUCCUUACGGAGCUCACUCCCUACAGCAACUAUAAGAUGUACAUUGUGGUGGCUAACAGUCGAUAUGAAGGGCCGCCCAGCAACAAUGUACACUUUUCUACACCGGAAGGAGUUCCAUCUGCUCCGACAUCCUUCAGGAUCCAGCAGCGACACCUCGACACUAUUUAUGUGGACUGGGACCUGCCAGCAGAACCCAAUGGGAUUAUCACCGGGUAUUCCCUCAAGUACCAGACAGUGAAUGCCACUAGAGGAGAGGAACUGAAAGUAGAGGAGUUCCUUGCCAAUGUCACAAGUUUCUCGCUGCGUCGAUACGACCGUUACACUCGAUACCGAUUCUCUCUGGCUGCUCGAACUCGACUGGGUUUGGGGGAAUGGUAUACUGAAGAGUCGCCACACUACACCACUGAGAUCUACGCACAGGACCAAGUUGACAUAUCCACUAAAGGCUGGUUUAUUGGGAUCAUGUGUGCUGUGGCCCUCAUCGUGGUCAUGCUUCUCAUCGUGUGUUUCAUCAAAAGAAGUCGAGGAGGGAAAUACCCAGUGCGGGAAAAGAAAGAUAUUUCACUGGAACCCGUGGAUGACAUAGAUCAAGAAGGCUCCUUUGAUUAUCGGUCUCUUGAAAGGAUUACACGCGUCACCUCUUUGGCCUACCCACGGUGGGAGGAGGAAAGGGGUCUCCAGAGAGGCCCGCCUGCCAGAGAGUCUGUGAUGAAAAGGACCGAGAGCGACGACAGCCUAGUGGACUAUGGAGACAUAGGAGGAGACAUACCGUUCAAUGAGGACGGUUCCUUCAUUGGCCAGUACACUGCGCAAAGGAGAGACGUAAGGGACUUGGACUUUGGGGGGAGUCUGGAGCUUCAUUCUCCAAUGAACGCCAUCUACUCCCUGGCUUGAAACUAUGGAAAAUGGAAAACGUGGACUGCCAGAGCCAGCAGCUGCAUGAGAUGGUGUCCAAGCAGCUGGGAAAACAAAAUGUCAUUUGCAUAAUCACACCUGCACCUACAUACACAUUUGCAUGGUUGUCAAGUGGAGCCCUGCAAGUCAGCCUGACUUUCACAAUGUACAAAGUACAUGGCACGUUAGUCUGGUCUUCUGUGGUUUUAGUUUAAUUUUAAAAUCGAUGCUAGAGGUAGCAUUCAGUCUAACAAGCACAGACUGAAUCUGAAAGAACCAAUCACAAAAGACUCACACAAUUGGUUCUAGUUAAUUUAUAGUUCACAAACAAUCCUGGCAUGCAGUCGAAUUGAAUGAGCGCACCGGUAAACGAUAACUGCCGUUUUUUAUGAAAAAAAAAAAUCUAACAGUAUGUGGUGUAUUCUUAUUGUUAGAGAUGUCCCGAUCGAUCGGCAUUGAUCGGGUCCGAUCACGUCAUUUUCAAAGUAUCGGAAUCGGCAAAAAAAUA